AUGUAUCCCGAAGUCUGCAGUUCAACUCCGACUGGGCGCUGUUAUCUCCUCUCCCCGGCGUUACACGAGCUGCAUCGCUCUCUUCUGCCCUCACGCACCACCGCCCAUGACGUCGUGAGCGUGGACGAGGCCUGCCUGGUGGACAUACCGCUGGCGCACGGCAGCCGUGCACCAGCUGUACGGCAGGACGAGCUGUACGACAUGGCAGCCGACACGGUGGCGGUGGCUCUGGCGGCGGCGGAGGCCUCUGGGCUAUCGCCCGAGGAGAUAGAGCAGUACGGCAUGGAUUUGUUCAUCGCUGGGCGCUCGCGCGACGGGGAGCUUGCGGAGGCGGAGGCGGAAGCUGGCGCGUGGGUAUGUCCGUACGGUGGCGGCGACGAUGCUGUCGCACCCGGCUUUGCGGCCAAGGCAACGUCACACGUCAAGCAUUCAAGGGGCCACACAGAGCACCACCAUUUGCGACACAGCGUGAAUCACGUGCAGCGGCAGCACAGGCGCGACAUCGGCCUCCACAAGGAGCCGUACUGCUAUUCCUUCUUCGCCGCCGGCGGUACGGCAGGACCCCUGAACGAGGAGGUCCCCCUCCCGCAUGGAUUGGGCUGGGCGGACGUGGGGACCUGUCAGGAGCAGCUUGGAGAGUACGGCGGUGGUGGCGGCGGCGGCAGGCCUGAUGACGACGAGGGCAUGACCCGUGGGUCGUUGGAGACGGGAGGCGGGUCUGGCCCAGCUGCGUGGGGCGGCAGGGCUGGCGGACCCACCCAAGCAGCUGCUUCGGCCAGCAGUAUCGACGGCGGAGGCGGAGGCGUCGGUCCUGCUAGUUGCGGCGGCGCCCUGUCCGGGAUCGUCGCGCCGCAGUUAGGCAUGAUGGGACGGCACGGCCGUGGAGCAUUGCUGUCGUACUUCCGUGUGGCGCCUGGCUUCCAGUUCCCUAGGCUCCGAGUCCUGUCGCCGGCAUGCGUACCCCUCCGGGCAUUGCCACCAUGGCGAUGUGGCGUGAAGAUGACAUGUAGUACAGCCAUGAGCAGCGGCGGCGGGGCCGGCGAGGGGACGUUGCUUGUCUCCGCGUCGUCGUCAUCACCGUCGCUGGCGUCCUCGGGUGCCGUACAUGCGUUGCCGCCGCGGCUGGCGCUGAAGAAUUCCACGGCUGUAGCCUGCAGGACACGCGGCCAGGCUGUCAGCCGCCAGGCGGCUAGGCCAGUGGACAAAGUCACGAGAGCCGUUGCCGAGGUGGCUGAUGGUCGUACCGCACCAAGGACCACACCAAGCGCAGGUGCCGCGCCGGCGAACGUCGUACCGGCGGCAGCGGCGGCGGCGGCGGAAGACGUACGUCCCGCAACGUCGCCUCCCGUCACCUACACCUUUACCAACUCGGACGGUCUGCACGCCGUCGACACCUCCGCCGGGAACCCAUCCGCGACGUCGCCGCCGCGGGACGGCCGCUCCAGCGGCACGAGAGGUCGGAGGCCGGGAGGUCGCCGCACUGCCCCGGCCGCGAAUCCGAGUCUUGGGCCGAAUUCCGACGCCAGGAAGCACGCGGACGACAGCGCAGCCGUCACCGCGACGAUCGCGUCGCAGCCAUCCGAGACUUCCACUACCCAUCCGGCGGCCACCUCCCAUCCCGCUUAUGCCGUGGCAGGCAACGUGAUUGAACCGCCAAACGGGCUACAGACAGAAGGGCUCGGUGACGCUAUCGUCGAAGAAGGCGGCGGCGGCGACGGCGCUCACAGCGACGGCGCCGCCGCCGCCAGCAGCUUCUCCACCCAAUCCGUCGCUGUCUCUAUGGAAAGUGAUCUGCUACUGGCGGCGCAGCGGCGCAUGGAGGUAGACGAGGUUUCGGAGCGCUUGGCGGCGGAGCUCGCAACCAUGGCACAGCGUGGGCUGCAGGCGGUGGACAGGUCGACUGGGGGAGACAUAGUGGUGGAGGGCGGUGGAAGGAGAGCGGUAGGGCCUAGCUCGACAGCUGCCGCCGCCUCCGAUCCGCUAGGAACAGCAGCCCGCAGCGACAAGUGUGACGCCGCGGCGGUGGCGACAGCUGCUACUGCCGACGGCGGCCGGUCCAGCAGUGACUACUUGAGCGACCGGGACAUGGAGCAGAUCAAACAGACCAUUCUGACGGACCAAUUCGACUUGGAUUGGGAAGUGAACACCAUUAGCGGCAGCAGCAGCAGCAGCAGCAGCAGCCCGGCGGCCUCCGCCACCGAGCUACAGCUGGAAUCCCAACGGACGUUGGCGGACAUCCAGGCCGCCGCAGAUCUGCCCGGCGGCCCGACGGGGGCUCCCGCCGCGGCGCAGCGGUUUGAACCGCCCGGGGAUAUUGCGCACAUGGCCGUGGACGAGGAUAUACCGGCGGUGACGGAGGAGGCGGCGGCAGAGGCGUCAGCGGAGGCGGAUUGUGACCCGGGCGUGCCGGAGCCCCCCGGACAAGGGUUGGGGAGAUCCUGGCCGGAGGAAGCAGCAGCAGCGGCGGGGGCGGCGGCGGCGGCGGGGGCGGAAGAGGAGGAGGUACCAGUCGUACCGCCACCGCGAACGCUAGCGGCUGUGGUGCUGAAGGCAGUGGAGGCGGCAGCGGCGGCAGCGGUAGAUGACACAGCAGCGGCCUUGUCUGCCGGUGUCAUUGCAUCCGUUGCGUCUUCCUUUCCUUCUGGUACGACCGCCGUACCGGGCCCCCGGCGGCGGCGGCGCGACUGGGGCCCUGGAAUGGGCGGCAUUCACUAUUGGCUAAAAGAUCUGGCAGUCGAGCGCCAAUCUGCACAAGUGGCAUUUGAGCUACUGGUGCAGCAGCAGCAGCAGCACCCCGCGGAGGCAGCCGCAGCCGCCGUCGGCGGCGGCGGCGGCGGUAAAGACGAUACAUCCGAAGAGCCCAGGCCGCUGCCGCCGCCGGCAGGACCUAGCGGCGGCGGUGGCGGCGGCGACGUCAGCAUCGGCGGCGGUGACGUCGCCAGCGGCUCACUUGUCGUGGCGGACUCAGGUCUCAUUAGUGGACUCAGCGUCCGUCGUGCCGUACGUGACGUGAUACGGGACUUGCCCAGCAGUGGUGACGGCGGUGCCGGCGGCGACGCCAGCAUUGGCAAGCUGGGCGGCGGCGUGGAGGAAGGCGGCGGCGGCGGCGGCGGUCACACGCCCUGCAGGGCCCCUUCCCGGGAGACCAAUCCCGAGGGCUACAAGGCCGCUGUGCACGCGACUAAUAUGGUAGAGGCCGAGGCCGCGGCGGGGCUGGUGUCGUACCCGCCAGACGUGGCGAAGGAGGCGUGUGAGAAGGCGGCGGGAGGGGAGGGCGACCUCCGUGACAUGUCGUACGGCGGCAGCAUGGAUGAGGAGGCGGCGGAGGGGCUUGCGGCAGGAGGAGGGGCCCGGCUGGCCCCCUGGAGUCCUGGACGCAGCCGGCUGCCCAAAACGAUGCCGGCGGCGGCGGCGGCGGCGGUGGAGGUGCUGGCGGCGCCGCUGCGGGCAUUUGGCAUGUCACGAUCCAUGGAUCCAGCCGUACAGUACGUCAUUCAUGAGGAUCCGCUGGUCAGCUCUUCUGAGCAGCUGCCCUCCCCCACCUCCCGGGGUUCGGAGGCGGCUGGCCCAGAGGCCACGACAGGAACAGACAGCGGCACCGCCGGAGUAGGCACCGGCAAGGCAGACGCUGGCGGCGCCGUGGGGCCGGUGGAGGCAGCGGCAUCGGCGGAGGCGACGGGUGGGUACGGCACCAGCGGCGGCAGUGACGAGGAGGAGCGGCACCGUCAGAUGCAGCACUUUGUGGAGGCUACCGGCAUGGACUCACUAGAUUUCAUUCAUGAUCUGAAUGUCCGCGUGGAUUCGGCCGCCGCCGCCGCCGUACUGCGAGGCCGCAACGGCGGCGGUGGCGCCCCCGCCACGGCUGCAAGUGACGUUGGUGGCGUUGGUGUUGAUGUUGGCGGGGGCGGCGCUGGUGACGGUGACGGCAGCGAGAGUGCUGUGUGGGAGGCCGCAAGCCAGGAGGACCUGGCGGCGGCAGCGGCGGCGGAGGGACCUGGCGGCGCCGCCACGCGUGCCUUCGUGAAGAGGUUCGAAUCGAGGCGGCAGGUGCCGCCGACGCCGCCGCCGUCACCGUCCUCGUCGGGUCUCGACACAGUUGAAGCGGAUGAGGCGGCGGCGGCGGCGCCGCCACCUCCGCCGCCAGCAAGCGCGCUGGAGGCCGUCCUACGCGCUACUGCGGGGUCAGCGCAGGGAGUAGCGCCAACUGAUGCCGAUGGCGGGAAAGGUGCCGAAGGCGGCGGCGGCGGCGACGUUGCGGCGGCGGCGGCGGUUGUGACGGCUGAGCGGCUGGCGGAGGGCCUGGAGGAGGCGCUUCCUGGUCGUACGGGAGUACGGGAAAGCUUGCAUAAGGAUGUACAGCUGCUGGAAGUAAGAAGUCGUUUAUGCGGCUGA